AGUGGAAGUGAAAGUGAAAGUCAAAUAUUUUUUACAGGAUCCAUUUUGUGAAUACGUCCAAUAAACUGUAAGGCAAAUUCUCAAACUGAAAAGCAGAUUUUAGAGGUCUACAGGUCUGGCUUCAAAGUCCUUGUACUAAUCUGACACUGAGGAGGAACGUUCUGUAUUUAAGAGAGUGGAGGGAGUGGAAGGGGUACUGCCUCUAAAAUGAGUCUCCCUGGGGAACAUGACACGGACACCAAAGCUAAGAGCCCAAUCCAGCAGCAGAGACCAGCCUCACCUGUACCCAGCUAUGUGUCCAUGAAGAGUGACAGGUCUAUGGAUGUACCUUUCAAGUUCAGUGAUGGAGGGCCUUCUAAUGAGGAAGGGAUCAGACAGGAGAGACCAGCCUCACCUGUACACAGCUGUUUGUCCAUGAAGAGUAACAGGUCUAUGCAUGUACCUUUCAAGUUCAGUGAUGGAGGGCCUUCUAAUGAGGAAGGGAUCAGACAGGAGAGACCAGCCUCACCUGUACACAGCUGUUUGUCCAUGAAGAGUGACAGGUCUAUGGAUGUACCUUUCAAGUUCAGUGAUGGAGGGCCUUCUAAUGAGGAAGGUGAUGGAGGAGGACCUUUUAGUUAUGAAGGAGAUCAACAGAGGUCAGACCAGAGUCACCAUGACGACUUGACUUCUAUAUUCACAGUGCUUGAGGAGACUGUCAUCAGGUUUGUGAAGGAAGAGCUGAAGAGGAUGAAGAGGAUUCUGAGUUCAGAUUUCCCAGAAGGCUUAGAGAGUCAGAGGGAGGACCAGGAAGUGGUGGACCCUGAAUAUCAGAAGCAGGAGAGCAGUGCCAGAGAGGGAGCUCUGAAGAUCACACUGCACGUCCUGAGGAACAUGAACCAGAAGGAGCUGGCUGACACUCUGGAGAAAAGAGAGCUUUCUCAUCAUAAACUCUCACGUAAACUCAAAUCUAAACUGAAUAAGAAGUAUCAGACUGUCUUUGAGGGCAUAGCUCAACAAGGAAACCCAACUCUUCUCAAUAACAUCUACACAGAUCUCUACAUCACAGAGGGUGUGAGAGCAGAUGUCAAUAAUGAACAUGAGGUGAGACAGAUUGAGAAAGCAUCCAGGAAAUCAGCAAGACCAGAGACAGCCAUCACAUGCAACAACAUCUUUAAACCUUCAGCUGGAAGAGACAUCAGAAUUGUUCUUACAACAGGAGUUGCUGGCAUCGGAAAAACUGUCUCUGUGCAGAAGUUCAUCACGGACUGGGCUGAGGGACUAGCCAAUCAGGAAAUCCAGUUCAUCUUUCCUCUGCCGUUUCGAGAGCUGAAUCUGCUGGAUGGAAAAAAGUUCAGUCUGAUGGAACUUGUCCAUCACUUCUUCUCAGAAACCAGACAAUCAGGAAUCUCCAACUAUGACAAGAACAACAUUCUGUUUGUCUUUGACGGUCUGGAUGAGUGUCGACUGCCCUUAGCCUUCAAAAAGAACAAGAGCUGGUGUGAUGUCACAGAGUCCACCUCAGUGGAUGUGCUGCUGACCAACCUGAUCAAAGGAAACCUGCUUCCCUCUGCUCUCAUCUGGAUCACCACUCGACCGGCAGCAGCCAAUCAGAUCCCUUCGGAGUGUGUUGACCUGGUGACAGAGUUCAAUGACCCACAGAAGGAUGAGUACAUCAUGAAGAGAUGCAGUGAUGAGAUCCUGGCCAGGAGAAUCAUCUCACACAUCAAGGCAUCAAGGACUCUCUACAUCAUGUGCCACAUUCCAGUCUUCUCCUUAAUGUGUGUGACAGUCCUGGAGCACAUGCUGAGAACAGAGAAGAAAGAGAAGAUGCCCAAGACCCUGACUGAGAUGUACACAGCCUUCCUGGUGUUACAGACCAAACAGAAGAAGGUGAAGUAUCAUGGGAAAACUGAAACAGAUCCACACUGGGAUGAAGAGAGCAUUAAGAGCAUUCUGUCACUGGGAAAACUGGCUUUCCACCAGCUCGAGAAAGGCAACCUGAUUUUCUAUGAGAAAGACCUGAUAGAGUGUGGCAUUGAUGUCCGUGAUGCCUCAGUGUACUCAGGAGUGUUCACACAGAUCUUCAGACAGGAUGGUAAAGUCUUCCAGGAGAAGGUGUUCUGCUUUGUCCAUCUGAGCAUUCAGGAGUUUCUGGCUGCUGUAUUUGUGUUACUCUCAUUCAUCAACAACAAUGAGAAUCUGAUGUCUGAGACUCCAUCAGCUUCCAGCUCCAACAAACUGUUGGUUUUGUUCAGAGAGAAACCAGAAGUCCGAUUCUACAAGAGUGCUGUGGACAAGGGCUUGCAGAGUAAGAAUGGACAACUGGACCUUUUCCUACGCUUCCUCCUGGGCCUCUCAAUGGAGUCCAACCAGACUGACUUACGAGGCCUACUGACUCAGAACAGUAACAAGACAGAGAGCCAUGAGGAAACAGUCAAGUACAUCAAGGAGAAGAUCAGAAAGAAUCCCUCUCCAGAGAGAUGCAUGAAUCUCUUCCACUGUCUGAAUGAACUGAAUGACCAUUCUCUGGUGGAGGAGAUCCAACAGUACCUGAGCUCAGGAAGUCUCUCCAGUGAGAAGAAGCUCUCAUCUACUCAGUGGUCAGCUCUGGUCUUUGUGUUGCUGACUUCAGAAGAGAAGAUGGACGUGUUUGACCUGAAGAAAUACUCCAGAUCAGAGGAAGGUCUUCUGAGGCUUCUGCCAGUGGUCAAAGACUCCAAAACUGCUCUGCUGGAUGACUGUAACCUCUCAGAAUGGUGCUGUGAAGCGCUGGCCUCAGCUCUCCCCUCCUCAGAUCUGACAGAGCUGGACUUGAGUAACAACAACCUGGGGGAUUCAGGCAUGAAGCUGCUCUCUGCUGGACUGGGGAAUCCACUCUGCAAGCUGGAGACACUGAGGCUGUCAGGCUGUCUGGUCACAGAUGAAGGCUGUGCUUCUCUGGCCUCAGCUCUGAGGUCCGACCUCUUCUGCCUGAGGGAACUGGACCUGAGCUACAAUCAUCCAGGAGAAAAAGGAUUGAAGCUGCUCUCUGCUGGACUGGAGGAUCCACACUGCAGACUGGAGAAACUCAAUGUGGAUCAUUGUGGAGAGUGCAGGAUCAAACCUGGCCUUAGGAAAUAUGCCUGUGAGCUCACACUGGACCCAAACACAGCACAGAGAGAACUCUCUCUGUCUGAGAAAAACAGAAAGGUGACAAGGAGGAUAGAGGAGCAGCCGUAUCCUGAUCACCCAGAGAGAAUUGACCACUGUCCACAGGUGCUGUGUAGAGAGGGUCUGUCUGGGCGCUGUUAUUGGGAGGCAGAGUGGAGUGGUGCUGUUUUUAUAGCAGUGACAUAUAAAGGAAUCAGCAGGAGAGGAUGGAGUACUGUCAGUAUGCUUGGAUUCAAUAACAAGUCCUGGAGUCUGAGCUGUGAUGAUAACAGGUACUCUGCCUGGCACACUGAGAGCACUGCCAUACAUGUCCCCCCCUCCAGCUCCCACAGAGUAGGAGUGUAUCUAGACUGGCCGGCCGGCACGCUGUCCUUCUACAAAGUCUCGUCUGACACACUGACCCACCAUCACACAUUCCACAACACAUUCACUGAGCCCCUCUAUCCUGGGUUCGGCGUUUAUAAUCCUGACUCCUCAGUGUCCCUGUGUCAGGUAGAAUAGCACACACACUCUCACACACUGUGCUCACAUAGAUGUUGUUGGCGGCCAAUUGGAGAUCCUCAAACUUUGCCGCAGAGAGUUUUGUAUAUUUAUUGGGAUUUGACACAAACAAGGUUGUGCAUCCAAUACAGCGGUCAGCAAAAAUAAGAUUUCCCCCAUCACCCCCUGUCUCCUUACUCAAACACACAGGUGAACAAGUUAAAUACUCUGACUUCCUCCGCCCCCACCAGGUGCCCUAAUUACCGUAAGCAACCUGGCUGUUACACAUGUUAUUGAAGAUUAAACUGUAUACAGUUGUAAUUGAUAUCCCAGAGUGUUUGAAAAUAUUGGUGUGUGUUGAAUGUUUGUUUUGUUUUCAUUGUUGACUAACAACAAUCCUGUCUUUGAUCUCAGUUCCACUGAAUGUGAUGAACUAAAUAGUGUCUUACUGACUAACUAAGGAGAAAUAAAGAUGUUUUAUACACUCUAUACCCACCCCCUCCUCUAUACCCAACCCCUCCUCUCCCCCUGACC